AUGGUUGUCUUCUUCUCCGGCGUCGGCGGCGGGCGGGAGCUCCGACCAUGCGAGUCCACUGAAAUCAUCGCAUUUCGUGUACAGAGACGGAGUAUCAGAGCACGUUUUCCCUUUGUUUCUGUGUAAUGUUCGAUCAAAUCCGUCUCUGCAAAUAAAUGAGGGGGAGGCUUAUAGCAUUCCUAGAGAGAGAAAGAGAGAGAAGAGGUCCGUCCAAUAGGGGGGACUACAUAAACGCGAGAGAGAGAGAGAGAGAAAGAGAGAGACGCAGAGGGGGGGUUGAAAGUGAGAAAGGGAGAGGGUGGGAGAGAAGAAAGAGAGGAAGAGAGAGAGAGAGAGAGACUCAGACCUGGUUUCAUGCGCCACGGGGCCGAGCGACUCGGACCUGAAGAACGAGAUGAACGUCCCUCUUGAAGAUGGACCUCAGCUCUUCGUUGGCCUCGAUGCCUAUUCUUCUGCGUGUUUGAAGGCAUUAGAGAGAGAGAGAGAGAAAGAGAGAGAGAGAGAGAGAGAGAGGAGAGAGAAAAAAGGAGGGGAAGGAAGUAGAGAAAUGAGAGCGAGAAAAAGUAACCAGGAAAACAGAGCAGACAGUAAAUAGGGGAGAGAGAGAGAGAAAGAGAGAGAGGACUAAAAACCAGAAAAGGGCCGCAGAAAAUUAAUCGACCCGAAAAGGGAAGAAUUAAAGUUACCCAAUUUUAGAUCCGUUCUUUCCGACGAGAAUCUGACGCUGGCUCUGCUUCGGCGUGAUGAAAUGCUGCUCCACCCUGAGAGAUCCGUCCCUCAGCUCCUUCCAAUCCAUCAGCCGAUGCUCAAUCACGUACGGAAUCUCCUGCAACCCCAGCAGCUUCAUCAUCAUAUCUACAAACAUCAUAUUUAA